CUUUUUCUUUAAAAACCCUUCCCCUCUCCGCUCCAAUCUCUCUCCCCGAAUAACCCUCCCCCUUUUCAGCGUCUCUCUCUCUCUCGUCUCAACCGCUAAUAAAACAAUUAUUCUCUCUCUCCUCUCUUUUUAUCCUCAUUGGACCCAACCACACUCCCCAAACAGCUCUCUCUCUCUCUCUCUCUCUCUCUACAUCCCUUUACUUUCUCUCCUCUCAUCUUCCUCCGAAUUCCAAUGCCGAAAUCCAACAAAAUCCGCCACAUCGUCAGAAUCCAGCAAAUGCUCAAGCAAUGGCGCAGGAAAGCCCGAGCCAACGCCUCUUCAUCCUCCUCCGCCUCCUCGUCCUCGAGCUCAUCGCCGUCGCUCUCACCGUCGAGACCCGCCGCGGCGGCGCCAUCCGACGUCCCGGCCGGCCACGUCGCCGUCUGCGUCGGGGCGAGCUGCCGGAGAUUCGUCGUCCGGGCGACUCACCUGAACCAUCCGAUCUUCAGGCGCGUCCUGGCGCAGGCCGAGGAGGAGUUCGGGUUCGCCAACGCCGGGCCGCUACGGAUCCCCUGCGGGGAGCUGGAGUUCGAGGAGAUUUUGAAAUUGGUGUCGAGAUCCGAUUCGAUCAGGAGGUUUCUGCAUCUGGAGGAGAUUCAGCGGUGCGCUCACUCCUCCUGUGUUGUUCGGAGGAACAACAACAACAACGGGGAGUUCGUCGGAGAUUCGAGGCCUUUGCUCCGUGGUUGAGAUCGUCAGAGGGGAUUUUGGUGGUCAGAUUAGCUAGGGUGCUGACUCGUUGGCUCACUGAGUCGAGAAAGGUGAACUCAGUGGCCGAGUUUAGUUUUUUUUGUUUUUUGUUUGGUAUAAACGGUGUAUUUAGCUUUGUUUAGGUAUCUUCUUGAAUAUUUUUGUCAAGUUUGGGAAGUGAAUUGUGGGAGGAGGAGGUGAAUUUUGAUUAAAUUAUUAUUAUUGUUUAACAAAGUCAGUAACGUAGUAAUUACUUUCCCUCCUUUCUCGCACCCUCGUAAAUUAUACACUAAUAUAAUUUUUGUUAAUCCAAUUACUAUUUAUGCGUUCUUAAUGUAUUUCUUGACCCCUAUAUUCUAGCACAUAAUGGAUGAACUUGAUACACAUUAAUUAUCCCGUAGUCAAGUUUCUAACUUGAUCAUUUUUAUUUUAUCCAAUUACUGAUUAUGCGUUCUUCAAUAAAUUUUCCUCGAAAUGAUACAAAGUGUAAUCAAAUUUGAAAAUAUGUCGUACCAACCUCGUAUCUCGUCAAUGGAGCAUUCUAUGUGUGGCAAAAUACUACUUCCUCCGUCGUUUUAUGAGUCUUUUUAAAAAACUUUCAAGUUCAAGUACAAUGAUCUAGUUUUAGGAUAACGAUGUUGAAAGAAGGCGAGAUUCUCUCCAGCUAUCCAUAUUCGAAAGUAUUGCCUUAAUUUCUACAACCUGGAGGUUUGAAAGAUUCAUAGUUGAAAGUAAAUAAUUCUAGUUUACUCCUUACUCCUUCAAUUUCUUAUGAAUGAAUAAAUCAACAUUUAACUUCUUUGAAAUUUCGGUCAAUUUCUUGUAAAUGAAACGAAACGUUACAAGAUGAUAUCAGAUUGAACGUCAUAAUGGGUGGGAGGACCAAAUUAACUAGCCAAUUGGCACAGGUCCCACCAUAAAAAUGGCAUAAUCAUAGACAUGCAUAACAUAACAAAACCUGAGAAACCUCUUGUAGUCUUAAGUACAAUUGUAAGAAUCCAGAAACCAUAUAUGACUAAUUAUAUGCAACUAUAUAUGUUGUCCAUUGUCCUAGCAAAAAUCCAGAAAAAUGUUCCUCCAUUUCACUUGAGCCAUGCAAAUGCGCCAAACCAGCGCAUGUAAAGCCCAAAACCAUACGUAACAAACUGUGCAUUUGGAGGCAUUCACCACCCGAGGGACAUAGAACGGUAUUCUGUCCACUUAUUCCGACGUAACCAGGGGCGGACGCACGGUGACACCCUAAAUUUUGGGAAAACGAUUAUUCAACCCACGAUACAAAUUUACGUAUGGAUAAAAAAUUUAUAAUUGAUAGUGAGCGACACCCCUGAAAUUUGAAAAAAAAUGAUUAUUCUAAUAUCAUUUUUUAAAUUUGUGUAUGAGAAUAUAAGUGGUAGGUUGGGUAAUUCAAACCUAGAGCACUAUUAUUAUUAACAAACUUAAUUUACAUUAAACUACAACUCAUUUGUUGUUUAAUUUUGAACACUGUAUCAUCGUAAAAUGUCAUUCCCUAUUUCUAAUUAUUUUCAAAACCUAGCAAUUAAACUAAUUUCAACUUACCCUUAAUUUGUAUUGAUUUUAUGGUUGUACGACAAGUAUUGAAAGAUUCUUUCAGUUUUGGGUUACAUCAAGCACAAGUUUACAAAUCGAAUAUGCGAUAAGUUCGUGAAUGAUUGUCUAGUAGGGUAUAUAGAUACAAUUGUUUUUAACACUGUAGACACCAAGUGUAUUCUACAAUUAUUUCAGAAUAUGAGAACACAUAAUGGACAUUUCAAACCUGUACGUGUAAAGUAUUUUUCUAAUUUACAAUUUUAUUUUAUUAAUUAUUUUAUUUUUAUUUUUAUUAAAUUUAUUUGUUAAAAGAUGACACCCCUAUGAAAAAUUUCUGGGUCCGCCACUGAACGUAACAUAAUAAGUUCAUGAGCUUAGUUGUUUUAUUUUACCAUCGAACAAACCACAUAAAUUACUGGUUGACAA